GCCUAGGAACUGUCAUGCUUGGGUUUGUAACGUUUCCCGCCGGGCUAGUGAUGCUGAGGUCUGGCCUUGGAUCCUGGGAAAAGGACGGUCCUGCUGGUGGGGGAGACAUGUCGAGUUUCUCUAAGGCACCCCAGCAAUGGGCCACUUUUGCUCGGGUUUGGUAUCUCUUAGAUGGGAAAAUGCAGCCCCCUGGCAAACUGGCUGCUUUGGCAUCAGUUAAACUUCAAGGAUUGCAUAAACCUAUAUACCAUCAACUGAGUGACUGUGGGGAUCAUGUUGUCAUUAUGAACACAAGGCACAUUGCAUUUUCUGGAAAUAAAUGGGAACAAAAAGUAUACUCCUCACAUACUGGCUAUCCAGGUGGAUUUAAACAAGUAACAGCUGCUCAACUUCACCAGAAGGAUCCAGUAGCAAUUGUGAAACUAGCUAUUUAUGGCAUGCUGCCAAAAAACCUUCACAGAAGAACUCUGAUGCAGAGAUUGCAUCUUUUCCCAGAUGAGGACAUACCAGAAGAUAUUCGUAAGAAUUUGGUGGAAGAGCUUCCUCAACCACGAAAAGUACCCAGACGUCUAGAUGAGUACACGCAGGAAGAAAUAGAGGCUUUCCCAAGAGUGUGGUCUCCACCUGAAGAUUAUCGCCUCUAGGAGAAUGAAAAUUGCUGGAAAGAGCAAUGAGGUGACUGAAGCUUCUUCCCGAUGAGUCUCCCGAGCUACAGGCCGAGUGAGGCAGCUGCUGCAUUUUGACAAGGAACUUGUCAUGGGCACUGAAAGCUUGUGGAGAAAGAUCAGGAGGUGAUAAUCCUUCGAUAGAUACGUUAUUUUAUAGAAUUUUUUUAUUAUGUAGUCCAAUUUGGAUGUUGUACAUGAUGAUAAGAAUAAAAUUGCUUAGUUGUUUAA